AAAAUAUUCUGACAAGUAUAUUUUAUGAAUGUAAAAGAAACUUAAAUUCUUGAAAUAAUAUUAUAUAAUUCAUUGUUUGUUUCAAACAUAAAUACACCAUGAAUUCUACUGAUAUCACUGAUGAAGACGAAGAUGUUGUCAUAAAAGGUUCGUCAUUAUACGAACAUUUAUGCAAAUUAGGUUAUACCGACUUUGAAAGUGUAGCAAUAGAAAAACAAAUACCUAAAAAUGAAAAGAAGUAUCUUAAACUAUUUGAUUGUAUAUUUAACGUAAAAAAUAUUUUUAAAAAAUUAUAUUCUAUAUACUUGGGAAUAAUUCAGGAUGAUAGUAUAUCCUACAAACAGGUGGAAACUAUUUUAAAUGCGAAAAUUCUUUUAAAUGAUCAUGGUUGUGCAAUACAUAGUUUUCUUGAUAAAUAUGAAUAUAAACCAUGGAGGACUAUAACAUCAAAAUUUAUUUUAUUUGGCACUAUUUUAUCAUCCUCAGCCUAUAUAUCUUAUAAUACCCAAUAUAAAAGUUCAGCUAGUUUAUUUGCAUUAGCUGUAUUAUAUUGUAUUAGUUAUAUAGAAUUUUUGAGAAUAAGGGCACACAGGGAUCUAAAAUCUAUUGUGUCUUUACAGAAUGAUUUCUUUGAUCUUUGUAAGAAGGGACUGAAAAUUUUGAAAUAUGGGUAUAAAAUAAAAUUGCACCAAGGGAAAAGUUCCCAACAAUUUUCUGAUCUCACAGCAGGUAGACUGAAAUAUUUGCAACCCAUAAUGGAAAAUUUAGUAAAAUAUUUGGGAGUUAUUGCUUGCAUCUAUUAUCAUGCUUCUUUAACUCUUAUAAAACUGCUACCAGUAGAUAUUUGUAAUGAAGAUUUAUUAACGAGAUUUGAUAGUAAAUCAUUUGAAAUACAUGGUGAAAUAAAUUAUCAAAAAUUGAAGACUCUAUAUCAUACUUAUAUCCUCACUCAGUCUGAGAUGUUGUAUUUAUUAACUAUAGCAUACGAUAAUUAUACUUGGCAGCAAUCAUACAAGAAAAUUCCUGAAUUACAAUUGGCCUAUAUCAUACGCUUUUUAAUUAUGUAUUUAAGCAUAUAUAAAAACAAGUUAUCAGAACACAUUGAUGCUUAUUAUAGUUUUAAACUAGAACCCAUAUCAUAUAAAUAUAGAGGUCCAGAUUCAUCUAAAUGGCAAGAUUUAUAUAUGCACCUUUAUUUAGCUUCUAAUAAAUUACAGUUGGCUUACAGCCACAUAUUAUCAAUACUCCAAGAUAUUGAUAACAAUGUAAUUGAAAGUGUAACAAACGAAGGUUGUAUGGAGAACACAAUGCAGAAGUUAACUGCAGCUCAAAAAAGUAUUGACACUGCAAAAGAUUUUAUUGAGUUUAGUAGUCUAUUUCUUGUAAAAUCGCAAAAUAGUGGUUCUACAAUUAACUGUUUGGAAACGAAUAUUUCAAUGUUAAAUGCAAAUUCGAAUAUCCAUAUUUUACCUGAUUCAGAACCGGAAAUUAUGGAUGAGGUAUUCGAAGAAUAUAUUAGGGAAGAAUAUUUGAAACCUUUGAAUGAAGAAGCCGACGAAAUAUCACUGUACAGUUCUAAACGAGAUAAAACGUUGUUUAAAAAUUUUAUGGUUGAAUUAAAGGAUGCUUUAGCCGAUAAGAAAAAAUCUAUGUCUGAAAGAGAAUCAAAGGCACUUGAGCGAAUGUAUAAAGCUAUAACAAAAACAAGUACUUCAGAUGAUCAGCUUCAGCAAAUUUCCACAUCUCCACCUAUGCCUUCCUUUAAUACUUCUUCCUUAAUAAACAGUAAUAAUAAAAUUUCUAAUUAUAGAACAAAACCGCAAUUACAUGUAUUGCUUGAAAAAUCUAAUGUUGCUCAAUCGAUUAUUAAAAGUGAAGAAGAUUUAAAGGACAAGAAUAUGGAUGACACAUUAAUAGAAGAAAUGUCACUAAGUAAUAUUAUACAUUUACCAAAAAAAUCGGAGUUCUCAUCUCUUUUACCACCACCAUUUUUAAAAGCAAAAGAAGAAACUUUUAUAGGAAGUGGUGAAAAUUCUGAGGAUGAUGAAGAAAUUAUGGUGGAGAAUAAAUAAAAAAUCAUGCAAUAUGUAUUUAUUGUUACGAAAAUACUUUGUAUUGGGAAUCAAGUAGUUUCAUUCAUAUGAUAAAAUAAUAAUAUAUUUUGUGAGAAUACAUACUAUAAUGUGUUUAUUUACAAAUUCGAAAUAAAUUACAUAUUUUAUGUAUGAUUCUCAUUAAAAUAAAACUAUAUCUGUAUAA